UUAGCACACAUCAAUUCGUUAACCAAUUGUUUAUCUUUCAUAACACCAUCCCAUGCUUUUGUCCGAAGACCAUAAACCACGUCAAAUCAACUUCACCUACCACACAAAGCAAACACUUCCCUCAUUCGUUGACUUUCUUUCUUUGUUCUGAUCCCAUCUGAUCUGCUUCACUUGAGAUUCAACCAUGGCUGAAAAACUUUAUGGUGGAGCUUACCUCUCUCCCUUUGUUGAUGCUGUUUUGGACAACCUGACUUCAAUACUUGAAGAAGAAGACUCUUUCCUCGAAAGGAACAACUUGCUUGGAAGGUUGCAGAAUUGUCUGUAUGAUGUUGGACCUGUUCUUGAUGAUGCUGAGCUGAAGCAGUUUACUGACAAGAAAGUGAAGAAGUGGCUUGUUGAUCUUCAAGAUGCUCUCUUUAUGGCUGAUGACUUGCUCGAUGAACUCUCCACUAAAGCCGCUAUUGCUGGCACUCAAAGGGAUCCAGGUAACUCUUCCUCCUGGUCUUGCCUUGUUGAUUCAUAUAUAGAAGAUACUGGUGACAUGGAAAAAAUAGUUGGCACACUAGAGUCUGUUGUAAGACGCAAAAUCUAUCUUCGUCUGAAGGAGAGUACCAAGGUGGACAUGUCAUGGAGAAUUCCAUCCACAUGUCUUGUUGAACCAUCGGAGAUAUGUGGCAGGAAAGAAGACAAAGUGGCCAUACUGAAACUGUUGUUGGAUGAUGAUGAUGCUGCUGAUGGUGAUUUAUCUGUGAUUCCCAUUGUGGGCAUGGGCGGAAUAGGAAAGACUACUUUGGCCCAAUUGCUUUACCACGAUGACAAAGUGAAGGAGAAUUUUGAUUUUCGAGGUUGGGUUUGUGUGUCAGAAGAGUUUGAUGUUGUCAAGGUCACCAAGACUGUAAUCGAGGCAAUAACUUCAAGUUCUUGUAACUUGACAGAUUUGAAUUUACUUCAGCUUGAUUUAAAGGAAAAGUUGUCGAGGCAAAAGUUCUUCAUUGUCUUGGACGACGUAUGGAAUGAAAAUUAUAGUGAUUGGGAUAAGCUUCUAAAACCUUUUCAAAAAGGGGUUAAGGGAAGUAAAAUUCUCAUAACUACUAGAAACAAAAAUGUGGCUUCUUUAGUGCAGACUGUUUCACCUCAUGAACUAAGAUCAUUGUCCGAUGAAGAUUGUUGGUUGGUGUUUACAAAGCAUGCACGUCUGUCAACUGUUUCUGUGGAGAAUCCAACCCUGGAAAAAAUCGGCAGAGAUAUCGUAAAGAAGUGUGAUGGAUUGCCCUUGGCAGCUCAAGCCCUUGGAGGCUUAUUGCGUGGAAAUUCUGAUAUCAGAUAUUGGAAUCAUUUACUGAAGAGUGAAAUUUGGGAGCUCUCCAACGACAGAAUAAAUGUUGUUCCAGCGUUAAGGAUAAGUUAUUAUUUUCUUCCUUCAUAUUUGAAGCAGUGCUUUGUUUAUUGUUCCUUGUAUCCCAAGGACUAUGAAUUUAGCAAGGAUGAAUUGAUGUUGUUAUGGAUGGCAGAGAAUUUUUUACAACCAGUAGGAAAAAAGACCAUGGAAGAAGUUGGUGGUGAAUAUUUUGAUGAAUUAAUUGCGAGAUCAUUUUUGCAACCUCAUAGUACCGAGGAAAAGAAAUUUGUGAUGCAUGAUCUUGUUCAUGAUUUAGCAAUGACAUAUGCUAGAGAAUUCUAUUUCAGAGCUGAAGAGCUUCGGAAUGCAGUUGAGGUUGAUAUUAAAGCUCGUCAUUUGUCACAUAACGCCAAAGGCAAUUAUCCAAUGUCAAAUCUUUUGGGAGUUUGUGAUAGACUAAAACAUACAAGGACAUUUCUUGAAAUCAACUUGAAAGAGUGGAUUCCAUUCAAUAUGGAAAAUGCACCUUGUAUCAUGUUGUCACAGUUGAAGUACCUGAGAGCUUUGUCGUUCAAAAGCUUUCCUCUUGAGUCAGUGCCUGAUUCAAUAUCUGAGUUGAUUCAUUUGCGUUAUUUGGAUCUUUCUGGGACUUACAUUGUGUCACUGCCGGGGUCUUUUGGUAGUCUGUACAAUUUGCAGACCUUGAAGCUAUUUCGAUGUGAAAAACUGAAAAUGCUUCCGGUUGGCAUGAAAGAUCUUGUAAAUUUGCGCCAUCUUGAUAUUAGAGAGACUGGUCUGUCUGAGAUGCCGGAAGGCAUGAGCAAAUUGAAAAGUUUGCAGUUUUUAAGCGACUAUGUUGUUGGGAAGUGUGAAGAGAAGAAGAUCACAGAAUUGGGAGCACUUGCAAAUCUACAGCAAUGUAUUUCCAUUGCCAAAUUGGAGAAUGUGGUCAACGGCAGUGAAGCUUCGAUGGCAAGAAUGUUUGAUAAGGAAGGCAUUAGCUCUUUGAGCUUGAGGUGGUCAUCGGAUAAAGAUGAGAAUACCGCUGAUUCCCAAAUAGAAAGAGAGAUACUUAACAAGUUACAACCUCAUAGUAAUUUGAAAGGACUAGAAAUCGAGGGUUAUAGGGGUACAACAUUUCCAGAUUGGUUGGGACAUUCUUCCUACCACAACAUCACCAAAAUAACAUUGCGUAGUUGCAGGAAUUGUCGAAUGCUUCCUUCACUUGGGCAGUUGCCCUUUUUGAAGAACCUAUACAUUUCAGAGUUUGACAGUGUGGGGAUUGUGAAUGCUGAGUUUUACUUUAACCAGAAUGGUGAAUCUUGUUUGGAGACACCACCAUUCCCAAUGCUUGAAACUCUUUGGUUUCAAUCAAUGCCUCACUGGAAGGAGUGGCGUUCAUUGGAGUUCAAUGCAUUUCCUCGACUUAGGGAGCUUACCAUAAGGGAGUGUCCGAUGUUGAGAGGAGAUUUGCCGAAUCAUCUACCAUCUUUGCAAUCACUUAAAAUUUUCAAUUGCGAGCAGCUCAGUUGUUGUCUUCCAAGUGCUCCUGCAGUUAGCACUCUAUACAUUGAUGGUGGCAAUAAAGUGAGAAUUUCGGAGCUUCCUCCUUCACUGCGUCGUCUAUCAAUUGAAGGAAACCAUCAAGUGGAGUCCGUGGUGGAUGUCAUUACGCACACGAAACUGAUUUACCUCACGUCUUUAUCCAUCUCAGGUUGUUCCUCCCACAUAUGGUUUCCAGUGAGUGCUAUUCCCCCAUCGCUAAAAAAGUUGACGAUCGAGAGUUGUGGAGAACUAGAAUUCGAAAUGGAUGGGCAACAUCACUCGCUGCAGAAACUAUCAAUACGGAACAGCUGUGAUUCACUUACAUCCUUCUCGUUGUUGGAUGCCUUUCCAAAUCUCAAGGAUGUUGAAAUCGACAAGUGUGAAAAGAUGGAGUCUAUUGUGGUGUCACGCUCUCUUUCAUCUCUCCGUUCUUUAUAUAUCUACGAGUGUAGGAGUUUGAAGUCCGUGUUGACAAUAUGGAUGGCAGCACCUCAGCUAGAGCAUCUCACAUUACUGGGUUGCCCAGAGGUUGAUUUGUCUCCUACUGGGGAUGGGGUUCCACACUGCAGCCUCAGAUCUCUUGAAAUCAGCUACAGCAAGAAACUGGUGAGCUCUGCAGCAUUCAAGAAUUCGCAAUUUCAUGGGCUUACUUAUCUUUCCAUUGAUGGUGAAUACGGCGAGAGUGUGAAAUCCCUCCCAAAGGAAGGUUGGUUGCCUGCCUCCCUUGAGUCUCUCAGACUGUUUCGCAUGAAAAGUGUGGAGACGUUGGAAUGCAAGGGACUUGCCCACCUCACCUCCCUCCAGAAACUAAUUAUUCAGCAUUGUGACAAGUUGGAGAAUAUGGAGGGUGAAAAGCUGCCUGCCUCUCUAAUAAAACUAAGCGUCUAUAAAAGCCCUUUGCUGGGCAAUCGAUGUGAGAAGAAGGAUCCACAGGUUUGGCCCAAAAUCUCCCACAUCCCCGCCAUUCAAGUUGAUAGCAGAUGGAUUUGGUAAUCCAACAACUUCAACAGAUUAUCCAUCGACCCAACAAAACUUCUCCACCUAUGCUUUCUCGCUGCAUGAACAAUAUUCAAUCAUUGCAAUACACAGGGCUGAAUGCUGAGAAAUAAGACAGGAACAGUAACAAGGGAGAGCCACAAUCAUGGACACAAUUGAGCAAGUCACCAUUUAACACCUUAGCUUCUUUAUUUCCUUUUCGAAUCUACCCUUUUGAACAUUGAGACUUUUGGUUUCGUUUCUGCUUUCUAGAAAUUUCAUGGUCAUGCUUCUUUUUGGAAGAUUCAUGUUGGUACAUUCUGUUGCAGACAUGUAUUUGAAUUUUCGGGAUUUUUGAAUUUGAUUAAAAUGUGUCAUAUGCUACUA